UGCUAUCAAUACGAGAUGUCGCAUAUAAGCCCUCUACGCAAUCUGAGAAUGCAUCAGUUGAAAAAUACCAAUUACCAGACAAAUAUCACAAUGAAAGUAGUGAUUCUUUUAGUGUUCGCUCUUAUUGCCAUUGUCGCAUCAGUACCUGUGGGAACUGGUGACAUUGUUUUUGAUGAUCAAGGAAAUGCAUUUGGAUUGAUACCUUUGAACCGAGUCAGGAGGCAACAAGGAGAUUACAUCAAAGCUGGAGCAGUACAUUCUUCAAAAUAUGGAGGAGGUGGGCAAAUUGUAGCUAACAAAAAUUUAGCCAGUUCGAAACACCACAGCGUUGAUGCUCAGGCCAAAUACAGUCAGUAUGGUAACCACAGAGAAGGUUGGGCUGGAAUUAAUUAUUCGGUGAAAUGGUAACACCAUCCAAGCCAUUGUUUAUAGGAUAUGACGGAUUAUUAAUUUCCCUUGAAAUUUUUAGUGUCAUAUUCAACUUGUGUAUUAUCAGAACUGAAUUAAUGUUAAGUGAAUAAAUGAAAUAAUGAUAUUUAAAUUAAAUGAAAGUCAACCCAA